UAGGAACUGAAUAAGCCAUUGGCUUAGUCAUGCUCGACACAACGGUACCUGGGAGAAAUGUUCCAUUGUAUCAUGGCUUACCUAURYUAACUUCUGUGAGUUUUUGCAUGAACUCAGAUGGCUACAAACCAACAGAAAAUUCRAUCUCAAAACGGAACUAAGGAAGAUACAUCUUUGAGCUCUUCUGCAAGUAACGCAUUCCAUGAAAGAGAAUUUAUUUCAAAACUUUUGAGUGAGAAAAGGACGCUUCUUGCUACUCUUCAUAAUGAAAAGAAAGAGAAGAUCAAAUGGAAGGAAGAAUACGAGAGAAAAGUUGAGGAGUUUGAGAAUUUACAAAGACACAUUGGACUUGAAGGCGCAGGAAGUUGUACUCAGCUACUCGGUGCAUUAAAUUUGGAUGAGGGAGAUAACGAAAGAAAACAUUUGUAUAGAAAACUACGAGAAAAAGACGAGAAAAUCAGUGAAAUGCAAGGUAAAAAUGACCGUUUAUUAAAUCAAGUGGCUGUAUUAAAAACGGAAGUUAUCAGACUUGCUGGAUCUUUAACUCGACUCGACGCGGUACAAUCUGUAGAUGAUACAGAUUUACUAAGAGAACAGUUGGAACUUUAUGAACAAGAUUUUAAAAAAGAAAAGGAUGAUAAAAUGAACGCGCAAGAAAAAUUAUCAAUUCUCUCAGAACAGCUUCGUGAAAAUCAAGAUAUGAUUCAAACUUUGAUGGUAGAAGCGGAUAUGUACAAGAAAGCUUACGAGCGAGAGAAAACCGAGAAGGAAAAACUCUUAUUAAGAAAAUCUAAGCCGGGAAAUGAUUCUUCGAGGAACUCGUCCACGGAGAGCGCGGGGUUACAAAGACAUCAACAACCUUUGCCUAAACCUCAUCUACAGCUUGUGUACCCUGUUACAAAUGACCGGCAAAGAGAGGACGAUGUAAGACGCCGACGCCAACUGCAACAGAUUGGGGUUUUAACCCGAGAUAUUCAACGAUCUCCUACGCAUUUACAUCAUCAUUGUGAGCCUGAAGCAGACGGUGGGCAAUGGUGGCCAACGUAAUCAUGGUGUACAUAUAACAUAUGUAGUUUAGAAAUCAAAAUAUUUUCGUCAUCAGGGGAGUACAAUCAACAGAAUUUCAAACCGCGUUAACUUCCGCUCURCUGCGCGCUAUUAUAAAUUAUGUAUAUUAUUUUAUUUUUACUCAUACAGUAUACUACAAAAUAUAAAUAAACCAUCGCUCUUGUCAAGAACAGGGAAUUCUUUUUUGUUAAUAUUUUGUCGAUAUUCCUGGAGAAUUGAAUUUUGAUGUUACGUGAUUUUGAGGGAUUUCUUGAGAUGGUUAUAGAAUGUAGUUAUUGUGCGCGAGAAUUCGUGGAAAUYAUUUCAAAUUCCKKUAAGACGAGCUGACCUUGACUGACUAUCUAUUGUUAACAUGUCUCAGAAUUCCGUUUCUAACGCUCUUCCUACCAUUUCAUGUUUUCCUAUUUUCUUUCUCUUCAAUUAAAAUAAUAAUAAAAAUCCGAUUUAUAAAU